CGCCGAGUAAAAACAAGGUCAAAGAAAGGUUAUUCUUAUUCUGUUUCAGCAUUUCAUCAGCAAAGGCAAAAACUCAUCCUCAAAUAAUUCAAAAUGGGUCGUAAAUUCUGUGUCGGUGGUAACUGGAAGAUGAACGGCAACAAGGCUGAAAUUGCCGAAAUCGUCAAGACUCUGGUUGCCGGUCCCCUCGACCCCAACACCGAGGUGGUCAUCGGCUGCCCGGCUGUGUACAUCUCCUACGUGCGUGGCCUCCUCCCUGCCACCAUUGGAGUUGCUGGCCAAAACUCGUACAAAGUUGCCAAGGGUGCAUUUACCGGAGAAGUAGCACCAGCUAUGUUGAAGGAUGUUGGCGCCGAUUGGGUUAUCUUGGGCCAUUCGGAACGUCGUCAAAUCUUCGGCGAAACUGACGACCUCAUCGGAGAGAAGGUCGCUCACGCCCUCGCCGAGGGUCUGAAGGUUAUUGCGUGCAUUGGUGAAACCCUGCAGGAACGUGAAUCCAACAAGACCGAGGAAGUUGUCUUCAGACAGAUGAGCGUACUCAGCAAGUACGUCAAGGACUGGACAAACGUUGUCGUCGCCUAUGAGCCAGUGUGGGCCAUCGGCACCGGCAAGACUGCCACUCCAGAACAGGCACAAGCUGUUCACUCUGUCCUCCGCAAGUGGUUGGUUGACAAUGUCUCCCAAGCCGUCUCCGAUUCACUGCGCAUUCAGUACGGUGGUUCAGUGACCGCUGCCAAUGCCAAGGAACUCGCCUCCCAAGCAGACAUCGAUGGUUUCUUGGUUGGUGGUGCUUCCCUCAAGCCCGAAUUCGUUCAGAUCGUUAACGCCAAGCAAUAAACGAUAUAAUUGUCAUCAUCAUUGAAAUCAGGAAUUUCAGGUUAUCCAUCAUCUUUCCUAGAGUAGCAAAAUUAAAUUUAGAUUUCUAUAAGAAUAAAGUAAACAAAAAGUUAAGAGCAAAA